AGGAAAGGGGGGGAAACCCACAAACCCACACCACCCAACUCCAAAACAAGGGAGGGGGCGGUGGAAAAUGUCCUCUGCCUCCCCCGCCGCCCCGAUCCCCGGCGUGGUGGCGGCGAUCAAGCAGGAAAACGUGCUGGCGGACAUGCUCUCCGGCGGCGUCGGGGCGCAGGAGAAGGCAGCCCGGGAAGGCUGCGCGCCGCCUUUCGCCAGGAAGCAGGAGGAGGAGGAAGACGACGGGGAGGACGAAGACGACGACGAGGACGAGGAGGCAGCGGCGGAGGCGGCCGACCAGGUCCUGCUCCACGCCGAGCUGCUGGUGCGCAACCAGCCCGUGCGCCACGCUGCCCUCUCCGCCGCGCCCGCCUGCUCCUCGCCGUCUCCCGCCUCGCCUUGCUCGCCGCCGGCUCCGCUGGCUUUCUCCCCGGAGCACGUCGCGUGCGUGUGCGAGGCUCUCCAGCAAGGCGGCCACCUGGACCGGCUGGCGCGGUUCCUGUGGUCGCUGCCGCGGAGCGACCUGCUACGUGGCAACGAGAGCCUGCUGAAGGCGCGCGCGCUGGUGGCUUUCCACCAGGGUCUUUACGCGGAGCUGUACGGCAUCCUGGAGAGCCACAGCUUCGACGCCGCCAACCACGCGCUGCUGCAGGAGCUGUGGUACAAGGCGCGCUACAGCGAGGCGGAGAGGGCCCGCGGGCGGCCCCUGGGCGCCGUCGACAAGUACCGCCUGCGCAGGAAGUUCCCCUUGCCGCGGACCAUCUGGGACGGCGAGGAGACGGUGUACUGCUUCAAGGAGAGGUCGCGCAACGCGCUCAAGGAGCUCUACAAGCAGAACCGCUACCCGUCGCCCGCCGAGAAGCGCAACCUGGCCAAGGUCACCGGGCUCUCGCUCACGCAGGUCAGCAACUGGUUCAAGAACCGACGGCAGAGGGACCGCAACCCCUCCGAGCCGCAGUCCAAGAGCGAGUCGGAUGGCAACCCCAGCACGGAAGAUGAGUCCAGCAAGGGGCAAGAGGACUUGUCUCCCCACCAGCUUGCCAGCGCCUCUGACGGAAGUGCCACCUUGAGCCUUCCUGGCCACAUGGAGCCUAUCUACAUGCAGCAGCUUGGAAACUCCAAAAUACCUCUCAGCUCCCCCGGGGUUUUGUUGAAUGGGAACUUGGUGCCCGCCAACCCGUCCCCCGUUUUCCUUAACGGCACCUCUUUCAUCCAGGGGCCCAACGGGGUCCUCCUCAACGGGCUCAACGUGGGCGCUGCCUCGCCCUUGAAUCCGCCCAAAACGUCUCCGAGCUCUUUGAGCAACGGCAUGCCCUUGGCCGACAUGCUGGCCUCUUCGUCGGAAGACGUGAAAGACUUCAAAAUCCUCCAGACUUCCAUGUCCAACUCGGCGGCCCCAUCGACGACGACGACAACAGCAUACAGCCCCAGUUCUGCCUCUUUCUCAGGUCUGAUACCAAGCCUUGAGGUGAAGAGGGAAGAAAGUGAAGAAGCCAUCGCCUCGCAAGACGGCAGCUCCAUUGUUACCUUCACAGGCCCUGUCCAAAUAAACCAAUAUGGUGUCGUCCAGAUUCCCAAUUCGGCAACAAACGGAGGCCAGCUCCUCAACGGAGGCAUCAGUUUUUCGCCGGUCCAGCUCCCUCCUGUAUCAACAGCAACUUCCCAAGGCAACUUGCCGCUAAAUCAAAGCACCCCGAGCAGCGGCACGUUUACAAGCGACUCCGCCGCGGCACAGCAAGGGAAAGUGUUUUUCAGCAACCUUCCUCCCAGCGCGGUGGUGUACACGCUCCCCAACUCGAGCCAGGCAAUUGGGCCAGUCAAGCAGGAAGGGCUGGAGGCCAGCCUGGUAUUUUCUCAAGUAAUGUCCCUGGGCCAGAACCCGCAACUCCACGCAACCCUGCCUUCGGACAGCCUCUCCGGCGGGGGGCCUUCCUCGCUCGUCAACGUCACCCUGUCUCAUAACUUUUCCCUGGGACCGCCCACUCUGAUAAACUCCGAAGAACUCGGCUCGCCCGUGUCCGAGAGCCCGCCUCUGUCGGCUCCCGCCACAAGCGGGGCGACCGUGGUUUCCAUCACCAACUCAAACUAUGCAACGCUCCAGAACUGCUCCCUCCUCUCCGGCCACGACCUGAUGUCCAUUUCGGCAACGCAGCCAGUGCUGGGGGGCAUCGGCCCGGACAUUGGCGGCCACGUCGGACCCCACCCGUCGGCACAAGUGCACCCCCAUUUCGCCCGGGAGCAGCGGUUGGUGCUGCAGCCGGUCACCAGCCUAAAGGAAAACUUCUUGUCCGAGACAGAGAGCAAAUCCGCUAGUGGCUUGAUGAUGCUGGAUUCGAAAACCAAAUACGUAAUGAGCAAUAUGGUCGACGCAAUCUGCGAGGAGCUGGAGACAGACAAAAAGCAGCUGGCCAAGCUCCAGACAGUUCAAAUGGACGAAGAUAUGCAAGACUUGUAAAUUAAUAAUAAUAAUAUUUUUUUUGGUUCAUAUUUCCAUAGAGAAGUCUCUUCCUCACGAGGCCCUAGGACGCACAGAGUGUUGUUGUUGUUUGUUUUUUCUCACCUAGUCAGGAUAUGCAUACAGAAUAACCAAAAAAAGAGAGCACAUUUUGAGGGGUCUGCUACAACGAAGUGGAAAUCUCCGUUAGGAAUAUGAGAUUGCCAUGCGUUUUUUGCAUGAACUCUGACCUUUGUUAAACUUGGUAAUGGGGCUGGGCGGGGGGGGGGAGGUACAACAUAGCAGUCAGAUACGGGAUGGUUUGGCUUACUAAUAUAAUCCAAAUAGUUUUAUUAGACAUGCAACACUUCCAUGUAUUUUCAGGAAGUAUAUCCUCCAAAUACUAGAUAGGAACGAGAAUUACCUUUUUGAAAAGUCUGGGUUUGGGAAGCCAGUGUCUCACAUUUUGUUCCGGAUACUUCUGGGCAUUGACGAAGGUGGUGUUUGUUUUUAAGGAAGAUUCUAGAUGAUACCUCAUGAGCUGCUGUUACCUCCUUGGCGGAGAAGGCGCAAUGGCAAACAACUUUUUUUCUUUUCCUUUCCCUCUUUUCCUUUUUGCAUCAGAGUCCUUUUUGCAACCGAAGGUUCUGUGCCCUCAACCUUUGUGGUUCCUGAAACGUUACAUGACUUUUUCUUUUUCUUUCCUUCUCUGUAAGCCCCCUGUCUGCACUAUAUGUGUAUUGAAAGCCCUCUUACACCACUUUUAAACAGCCAUCGCUUCCCCACAAGAAUGCUGGAUACUGUGGGGGUUUAUUUUU